AUGGGCAGCCAUAACCCCUGUGCGCCUGGCUUCCCACUUUUCUUUCUGCUGCUGUUACUGCUUCCUCCACUUUUUAGAGCAGGCAGCCACCCAUACCAUCGUCCUGGCUGGAAAAUCUUUAACCGCUUGGGCAUGAAUUCCAGAUUCUUACACCACCGCCGAGGCCCAGGUGGGAAGCAUUGGCGCCAAUCACAUGAGCAGGAGUGCCAGAGAUCUUUCAACCUCUACAUCAUCUUGGACAAAUCAGGCAGCGUGGGCAACAACUGGAUAGACAUUUACAGUUUUGUGGAGGAGUUGGUGAAGAAAUUCCAACGCCCCAACAUGCGGAUGUCUUUCAUUCUGUACUCCGGAGAUGGCGUAACCCUCAUGCCACUCACCUCAGACAGAGAAGAAAUUCGUAAGGGACUAGACAAGCUCCAGCAAGUGAUUCCUGCUGGAGACACAAACAUGCAGGAAGGACUUAAAAGGGCAAAUGAGCAGAUUCAAAGAAUGAACUCUGGAGACCAGAAGACAGCCAGCAUUAUCAUCGCUAUGACAGAUGGGACGUUGCUGCCCGAGGCCUUUGAGUUGUCGAAGAGUGAAGCUGCAAAGGCUCGGCAAAUGGGGGCAACCAUUUACACCGUGGGUGUGAAGGACUAUCAGAAAGACCAGCUGGAGGUCAUCGCAGACAGACCAGAAUAUGCAUUUGGUGUGGACACUGGAUUCAAGGAUCUGAAAGGCAUUGUUAACUCAUUGGGACCAAAAUCCUGCAUUGAAAUUACUUCUGUGGAACCUUCAUCCGUGUGUGUAGGCAACAGUUACCAGGCAACCAUUACUGGACAAGGCUUUCACAAUGCAAAGAGUAAGGAUGAAGUCAUUUGCAGAUUCCAUAUCAACAAGAACAAUAUUGUGGAAGAAAAAGCCAUCAGUAUGGAAGAAAAUAAGAUAAUUUGCCCUGUGCCAGUGACAGAGGAUGCUCAACAAUACAUCUCUCUUGAAGUCAGCCUGACCAACGGCAAAAACUUCAUCGUAAACAAAUUGAACAUGAGCACUAAACACUGUGUGAAAAAAAAGCUAAAGAAUUUACAUCUCAGAGACACAGAACUUAGACCUAAACACCGUAUUUUGCCGAAUCCAUUACCAGUCCAGAAUCUGCUGCCUCAACUGCCUCAACUGCCACAGCCCAGCAACAACAACGUGACUAUUGACGCUCCCAUCUACUUGAUAGUGCUGCUGGCACUGCUGCUGGCCCUGGCACUGCUGUGGUGUUGGUGGCGAUACUGCUGCAGGAGGUGCAAGGAGCCGCCGCCAGUAAAGCAAUCAGAGGACCUCCCACCAUCGUGUCCACCGCCUCCACCCCCACCCCCCAUAAACACCUGCCCCACGGUGAUCGUCUCCUGCUGUGGCUGUGGAUGUGGCAAUGGUGUAGAGACCAAUGCAGGCAAGAGGCUAUGA